AUGCCGGGAUUUUCCCUCAAUCCAGCGCAGCCCAGCGAGCUGCAAUGCGGCGUGGGGGUUUUCCCUCAAUCCAGGGCCAAGCGGGCGGGAGCAUGUGACAGCCGCGGUGAACGAGUGACUCCAGCGCAUGGUAGCAAGGAGCUGGCUGUCAGCAGCGCCUGCUUCAGCCAGGAGCAGCUGCAGGCCGGGGAGCUGCCCACCCACUUUGUGAGCAGGACCAUGAAGUGGGACCGAUACGCCCCCGUGCAGCUGGUGCCACACCUGGAGAAGAUGCAGCAGGAAGGAGGCCAGAGACGCAAACGCCAAGUAGAUGGGUGCCCGGCUCUGCAGCUCCAGGCUACCGUCAACAGCGAGCCCAACGAGCGCUCCCUCUCUCCCUGGAGAUACCGCAUCGACGAGGAUGAGAACCGCUACCCGCAGAAGCUGGCCUUCGCUGAAUGCCUGUGCACUGGCUGCAUUGACGUCAAGACGGGCCGGGAGACGUCCUCGCUCAACUCUGUGCUCAUGCACCAGACCAUGAUGGUGCUUCGCCGCAAGCCGUGCCCGCACAAUGCCAGCCCUGGGACCUUUGCCUUCGAGGUGGAGUACAUCAAGGUGCCAGUCGGCUGCACCUGUGUCCUCCCCAGGUCCAGCGGCUGA